CGGUCUGUAUGGAGCAUAUGGAAUGGCUGGGUUGUAUGGAGGAAUGGGCGGAGUAGGCUACGGAAUGGGUGGAAUGUACGGAGGUCUUUACGGAGGCUAUGGCGGUCUGUACGGAGGAAUGGGCAGUCUUUACGGAGGAAUGGGCGGUCUAUAUGGAGGCAAAUACGGAUACGGCAUGGGAGGUCUGUAUGGAGGACUUGGAGGCUAUGGUGGUCUCUACGGAAUUGGAGGAAACGGAAUCGGACUAGGAAAAGGGAUGGGCUAUUACUGAGUUACUGUCACCUGCAGUGUUAAGAUGACCAUCAUGUGUAUACUCAUAACAAUGUAUUUGCUUCAAUAAAAUCGGGAA